ACGCGCGCACAGAGAAUGCAUUCAGUAUUCACCGCGGACGACUCCUCCGAUCCGUUUUGGGCGCUGUCGUCGCCGGCGGCGGAGAUGAAUCGGAGCGCGUCGGAGUGGGCCUUCGAGCAGUUCCUCGACGAGUUCUCGACGCCGGCCGCCACUCCUCGGCAAUCGGUCGCCGAGCAAUUUCCCGUCUCUUCCGCCGCUUCCUGUUCCGUCGCGUCUCAGUCGUCGACGUCGAAGCGCGACGAUGUGGACGAAGAGGUAGUUGAGAUCAAGAAGCCCGAUCGUCAUCGUCAACAGCCACCAGCUCAGCAGCUCAAUCAUCCUCCGCAGCCGACGGUGUUGGAUCCAGCUCCGAAGGCUCCGGUUAACUCGGACCAGUACCGCGAAUUUCUUAAGAACCGGCUCGAUCUGGCUUGCGCAGCAGUAGCUCUCUCUCGCGCAUCGUCUUUGACGCCUGUGGAUUUGGUUAAUCUAGCCGAGAAUCAAUCGCCCGUGUCGAAGCCUUCACAAUUAGCCCCUACUCGAUCGCUUGAUAAAGAUUCUGGUAAUGGUUUGCCAGUGACACAAAAUGAAGCUGACGCAAGCCCGCUUGGCGUUUCGGCUUUACCUGCUGCUCAGAGGAGAACUCCGGUGCUGAGUAAGCAAACAACAAGUGGAUCGUCGAAAGAGGACUCGGACGAUGAUGAUCUCGAAGGAGACAUUGAGAUUAAUGAGAAUAUGGGUCCUUCUGAUGUGAAACGUGCUAGGAGGAUGCUGUCCAAUCGAGAGUCAGCUAGACGCUCAAGGAGGAGAAAACAAGCCCAAAUGAGUGAACUUGAGACACAGGUUGGUCAGCUAAGAGUUGAACACUCUGGGCUGUUAAAACGUCUCACUGAUGUGAACCAAAAAUAUGAUAAUGCCGCUGUUGACAACAGAAUAUUAAGGGCUGAUAUUGAGACGUUAAGAGCAAAGGUGAAAAUGGCAGAAGAAUCUGUGAAGAGAGUGACGGGGAUCAACCCGCUACGUCUAGCCAUGUCAAAUGUAGCUAACGCAGGCAUGCCAUCAGUGAACAACCCAAUGAAUGCAUCUACAAAUGCUGCUGUGCCAAUGCAACCGAACUCCAACCACCUCUUUCACCCGGGAGUUCCUAGUAUGACCACUACUCCUCUGCAUCACCAGAGAUUGGACACUGGCUUUCACGCGAACCCCCCAAUCUCUCUGGUUAGGAACCGACAGAGUAAUGUUGGCCAACCAGUUGUCGCUGGAAGCAACAUGACUCAAAACUCUUCAAUUCCGCACACAGGCAACAUAGAUCACAUGCCGCAGCAGCAGCCACAGCCACAGCAGCCACGGCCACAGCAGCAACAGCAGCAGCCACGGCCACAGCAGCAGCAGCAGCAGCCACGGCCAGGAGUGGGUGAAGCAUUGCCGGGAUGGGACCCUCAGCUCCCUCACGCCGUCCCAAAGAAUAAGUAGAACUGAAUGUGGGGGCCUUCCUAAUUUGCAGGACAGAGGGAUAAAUGGCUGAUUGAAUAUGUAUUUAUUAGUGGGAUUUAUACUUUGGCCCUUUGUUUUCGUACAGUUUACAUUUCAAUUCCGUAAGUGUUCAUGUUUUAGAAUUUGCCGUAAAUAAUCUUUUUCUUGUCAAA